UGUCCGUUUUGUCUUUUCGUUGUAUUUUUGAAGUUGUUGUGGGAGACAGCAAUUUCCGGUUUUUACCUAUGCCGCCAUCUUUGUUUCUCCAUACGUUAAAUUUUUGUUGUAAAAAGAAUACCAAAACAGGAGUGCUGGACUGCAGCCAUGGCCUACUGCUGGCAGGAAGGAAAAGAUCAAAUCAUAUUUGUGACCAAAGAAGACCAUGAAACUCCAAGCAAUGCAGAGCUGGUGGCUGACAAUCCCAAUGAUCCAUACGAGGAGCACGGGUUGAUCCUGCCAAAUGGAGACAUUAACUGGUACUGCCCAUGCCCUGGGGGAAUGGCUAGUGGCCCCUGUGGGGAACAGUUCAAGUCAGCCUGUUCCUGCUUCCACUAUAGCACGGAGGAUCUCAAAGGAUCAGGCUGUGUAGACCAGUUCUGGCCCAUGCAGGAAUGCAUGCAGAAGUACCUGGACCUCUAUCCCCAAGACAAGGAGGAGGAGGAGGAGGAGGAGGAGGAGGAGAAGCCAGCAGAACGUUUAGAAAAGGCAGCUCUAGCUAAGGCCACCGCAACCAAAGAACAAGAGGGGUCAAGCUAA